GGCAGCCAGCAGGUUCUGGACAGGGUCCUCAGUACCAAAAAGAUAAGGAGCCACUGAAGAGGGCCAGCAGAGGAUUACAAAAGCGAUGAGGGGUGUGGAGCAUCUCUCUUACGAGGAGAGACUGCGGGAGCUGGGCCUGUUUGCGCUAUAGAAGAGAAGACUGAGAGGCGAUCUCAUUGAUACAUAUAAAUUUCUCAAAGGUUUUUGAAGAUGAUCUGUGGCUUCAGAAAGAGAUGGGAUGGCUAGGAAUGGCAGCUGUGCCCUUACCUGUGGUUAUUCAGGCAAGCAAAGUCCCUCACCAGCUCCUGACCUCUGCAGCCUCGGACAGCCAGUGGAGCCAUUCGCUGUUUGCCUUGAUACCCUCAUGGACGAAGAAGGUGUUGUUCAAGCGAGACUCUGACAUCAGCCACCUUCUGCCUGAAGAUGCAUCCAAUAUGUCAGUAUCUUCUGAAUUUGGAAUAACCCUUCAAAAAUGUGGUAUGGUGGAUGUUGAACAUGACCCUCAAACUGCAUACAUUACACUUGUGAUUAAUAACACCAACACAUUGCUCUCAAAAAACAUCACAGAUCUUAUCCUCCUGGACAACAUUACUGGUCUACAUGUUCAAAAAACCAGUGGGAAUAAGACCACAGAUGGCAUACAGAUUUACAAGAAAAGUAUUUUGCAAGGUGGAGAAUACUUUACAAUCAACUACUCUGCACUUCUUGAUGCAGAAGAAAUGUGGCAUGGCAGGGUCUUGACACUGCCUGCGAAGCUAACUUUCAGGAGUUCAUCACAGAAUAAAACACAUCUCGUAUCAUUGACAGCAUCAUUUACCAUAACGGAAGAAGAAAAGACCAAGAUUUUAUACAGCCAUGCCAUCAGUGCUUCGGGGUUCUUCAUUGCGUUUUUCAUUUCCCUUGUGUUGACAUGUGCUGUCUUUUUCAUCAUUUACCGAAACCAAAUAUUAAAAUGGAGUUUCUGUAGUAAAAACCAGGAGAUACAGCCUGAUCUCAGCCAAAAUCACAAACUGGAGCAUUCUCAAUUUAUUUCAGGUGACCUCUUUAGUGAAGAUCUAAUUAUGAAUGACCAAAUCAUUGAUAUUCUGUCCUUUGAAGAACCUGGGAACAUGCUUCAGGCUUUAGAAGAUUUGGAGGUUGCCAGCCUGACACGGGCAGAUGCUGAUCUGGAGGCCAGUCGAACACAGAUCUGUAAAGAAGUGAUUGCUAUGAUGUUGAAGAACAUGGUCUUAAAUCACAGCCUCUUUCCACAUGUGGAGAAGAAGAUAAGUUCAGUUUUCCAAAAGCGGUUUCUUGCAAUGGAGAAAGAGAUUCAAGAGGAGUAUGAAAGGAAGAUGGUGGCUUUAACAGCUGAAUGUAAUCUGGAAACUAGGAAGACAAUGGAGGCUCAAAGCCAAAAAGUGAGAGCUGCAAAUGAAGAGGCUGAGGAAUUAAUAAAGAAAAUUAAUGAAAAGCCUGCUGUAGAAUACAGAAGUCUUCUGGACAAACUUCAUAGACUGGAGCAGGACUGCCUGAAGAGGUUCCUUUUUGUAAAGCAGGAGGAAUAUUUUGCAAAGGCUUAUAGAGAGCUGGCUGUUGCCCAAAGAAAGGAGCUCCAUACUAUCUUUUUUACACAGAUAACAAAUGCCAUUUCAAAGGGAGAGCUGAAGUUGGAAACAGCUAAAACAUUAGUGGAAGGUUACUCUAAAAUACAGGGUGACAUUGAAGAGCUAAUGGAUUUUUUGCAAGCUGGCAAGAAAUAUCAUCUGAAUAAAAGAUUUUCUUACAGAGAAUGUCUUACAAGUAAGAUACAAUCAAGGGAUUCUCAUGUCUCUGCUCUUAUAAAUGCUGCAGCAGCCCAGAUAUCAAGUCUCAUUAAUAAGACAGAAAGAGCAGGUCAUCUUUCUGAAAGUCAUUUGGCAAUCCUGCUGGACCAAGCGGAGACUGAAAUUAAUUUUGUUAAACAGAAAUUUGAUCAUGAUUUAAAACAAGAAAAGCAGAAGCUUUGCCAGAAACUCAUUACCAAGCAAAGGCGGGAAAUGCUGCAAAAGCAGAAAGAGCAUCAGAAGGAGCAGCUGUCACUUGGAGACCCCUUCAAAACUACUAAUGAGAUCUCUCAGUACCUGAGACACUGGAAAAAUCUUCUGAGUGAUCACACCAUUGAAUUUGAAGAACUUACUGAAAAGCUUGACAAUGAGGCCAGUGAAGAGCUAAAGGAGCUUCUAUUGAGCCUGGCACAGAAAGCCAUUGAAGAGCUUAAACGUGUUCAGUGUGGAAUGUUUGUGCAAGAACUGCUCAAGCUCAAUGUGCCAAAGUUGUUCCUGCUAGAAGUUGUGGAGGAGCACAAAAAGGAGAUGGUGGUUAAGCAGGCACAGCUUGAAAGGGAAGAACAUGACAAGAGCAUGGCUGCUGAAGAGCUGCUUCAGCUCACCAGGCAGAAGCUAAGCCAGGAACUGGAAACAGGCAUCUCAGAACAGAAAAAGAUAAGGGGCUGGGAACAGUCAAUAUUCAUGCAGCUUCUGAGUUUACCCCUCUCACUCUCAGAAGAGGAGUUGCUUAGAAUGAGGCAAGAGUUGCACUGCUGCUUCUCUCAGGUGGACAGCAGCUUGGCUUGGCCCAAGAUAAGAGCAAGAACCUUGCUUCAGGCUUUUGAAGUGGAGCAGAGGGACACUGAGGUGCUGAAAGUUGAGCAGAAUUUAGCAAUUGCCAACAAACAGCAGCAUUCUAAAAUGGGAAAAACAGGAUCCAGGAAUAGAAAUAAGUUAGAUAUUCUGAAGAAGUCUUUACAGGACAAAAUUUUAAUUUAUGAAGACUCAGUGAAAAAUGAAGAUUUGAAUAGGAUUAAGUAUGAGUUGCAGGUGGAAAAAGAGUGUCAUCUGCGCAAUCUGGAAAAUAAACUUGGAGAGUAUAUUGCUUCUUUAGCCUUUCAGAAGAGUGUUAAAAAAUCCAAGAUGCUGGAGAUGUAUACUGCUGUCAUGAAUGUGCAAGCUUUGCUCUUUGAACAACUGAACACAGCAAAAACCCUGUCAAAACUGGAAUGCAUUCAGAUUUUAGAAGCACGUAAUCCUGAGAUUGAAGAACUUGACAGGAAGCUGGAGUAUGAGAUGCUGCAUAAGGAGUCAGCACAGCAGCAUCUAAUGAGUAGGCAGAGGUGGAGUCUGGAUGGUUUGGGACUCUCAAAUGAAGCUGUGGACACCAAUGCAGAAAGACAAGUGACAGUUCUGUUAAGACAGGCCAUGAAUAAAUGUAGACAAUUUAUAAACCUGUACCAGCAAAGCUUGAGAGAUGAGCAAUGGAAUUGUGUGGUGCUUGAAGAUCUCCUGGAAAAUAUAGAAACGAAUGCAUUUUUGGCAAUUUAUAGUCAGGAGCUUCGUCUGGCAGGUUAUUUAGCUAAGCUGAUGAGGGUGCCAGUGGGAGUGUUGCACAGGGUCCUGAACUUGUUGCUGCCCUCCAGCUCACAAAGUGAGGUCCUUUCUGUCCUUGAUUCCAUCAGUAAAUAUUCAGAUGGUGUUGUUGAAAGUGACAAUAAUGCAGAUGAGUCUGGCAGCUGUAAGAAAAGGGACAGCCAAGAGUUGUGGCAAACACUGGAGAACAAAAUAAGGCAAGAUCUAAUAAACAGAAGUUUAGAAAAGAUCCCUCCUCUAAACAAGAGAAAAGACAGCUUGAUGAAGAAGAAGCGACUUUCUCUCUUGGAAAAAGCAGCAUUCAUUCAUCUGGGAUGUUCACCUGCACAUCCUCCUAUGGAACAGACUGGUCCACCUGUUUCUCUCCACUCUGCAACUGCGGAAGCCAUAGAGCUGUUAGACACAGGGGAGAAGAUAUUUUUGUUCCGUGAGCCAAGUGAUCCAACACUUGCUUUGCAUAAUUUUCCAAGAAAAAAGAAAAAGAACUUCCUUAAUUCUAAAAAGGCUGCUCGUGCAAACAUGCACUCAUAAGAGCAACUUCCAUUUUAAGUAUCAAUUAGACAAGAGGAAGUUAUUUAAAAUUCAGUAAAAUGAUGAGGAAGAAUGAAAUGUACAGUUCAAAUAACGUGUGUUGUUUUAAUCUGAUUUGUCUGAUAUUGGAAAUGUAAUUGUAGAAUGGCACAGUUAAUGAUGCGCAUCUUGCAUUUUUAAAUUCUUGUAAGUGCUUUGUUGCACUAGGCGAAAUAUGGGUAUUCUAUGAUGCAUUUUGGCAGGCAGGACUCUGUGUUCCUUCACUACAUUUUGGUCAUAUUUGCACUGAUUUUACUGUAGCUGUAUUUUCCUUAUUUAUACAGAAAAGUUAUUUAUUUUAUAUAGUAGGUACUGAUUCACUAUUCUUGUAUUUAUAUUUUUGUGGUAAGCUGCAGUACAGCAGAUGACAUGAAGAGAUGAAGUGGAUGAACCACAAGUCCUCUGUUCUCUGAUUUUUAUGUUAUUCUAGUUAAUUUACUGUUUAACAUUGUGUUCCUAAUAGGCUUUGCAUGUUACUUCUGCAGUCUGUGCUCUACAGUGACAGCUGGUAGUCCAGAUCUUUAGCAUAUAUUUGUGUACUUAGCCUCACAUCUUGGAGUAACUUCAGCAUUUUACUGUUUCUAAACUUAUUUCAUUUGAACUGUGAGUGUGGCUACAGUUCUAAACUGUUAAAUAUUUACAACCUGUUGCAGUAUUUUUCUUGGUGAAGCAGUGUCAUCACAUUUGCUCAACAGGAAAGUGAAAAAUGUAAAUGGGCAUGUAAUGUCUUCAGAAGCUCUUUUGAAAGCAGUGCUGCCAAUUUUCACAAUUUUAGGUAGUUUUGAAGUUCUUACUUCUGAAUUUCUCUAAAUUGAUAAGAAUGUAAUUUUACGCUUCAAAAAUUUUUAAUUUUUGAACCUGUCUAGUUGACUUGAAGAAUCCGAUAAAUAUGAAUCCUAAAAAGAGGAACAGAAAAAAAGCUAAUUAAAUUAACCACAUGUAUUUGUUAAUAUUUUAUAUUAUUCUAGCCUGUUUUGAGGGGGUUCUUACUGUAUUUGAAUGCUAUGCUCUGAGGCCACUGUAAUAAUACAUUUUGUAUUUUUUCUUGUACAGAUCUUCUGGGCCUUUUUAUUGCCAUAUUAUUAAAAAAAUUAAAAAUUACAAUAUA